ACAUGGCAGAUAUCAUUCGACCAUGUACGAAGCAGCAGACAAUUGGUGGCGGACCUGCUGUCGCUGAUGAGCUUUUCGACCGGCAGGGAAUACCUGAAGCUCUGCUCCGUAGCCAGGGCAGCAGCACAGCGAACGAACAAGUAUCGGCUGUUAGCGUCGAUGAUGGGUUCGAGGACGAUACGACGCUUGAGAUGCACAGCUUGGUGCAUCUAGCGACGUGCAAGUGGCUGGAAAGCCAGGGCUAGCUCGACAGGUGGAGGGAGCAGUUCAUCUCUAACUUGUGCGCAGAGCUGCCCACAGGAGAGCACAAGAACUGGGAGACGUGUCAGGCGCUGUUCCCGCACGCAAGGACGGCGUUGGCACAGCGGCCUAUGAGUCAGAGGUCACUUGAGGAGUGGGCGUGAUUAUUGUACAAUGCGGCAUGGUACGCAUGGCAAAGAGGAAGAGCAGGUGAGGCAAAGCAGAUGUCAGUGAUGUCAAUGGAGGUUAGAAGAGAGGUGCUUGGCGAUGAGAGUGAAGACAUGCUGAGCAGCAUGGGAAUGGUCAGGCUGGCAAGGAGCCUUAGGGGCAAGUACGAGGAGGCAGAAGCGAUGCUCAUGCAGACGCUGGCGCAUAGAGAGAAGGUGCUGGGGCGUGAGCACCCCGACACGCUGACGAGCAUGUA